AUGGGAAGAGAGAAACGAGCUUGUCAAGGUAAACAACACUUCAGCCAUCCACACAUCUUGAAACCAAUUGUCAAUCCAACUGAAACUCUCACUUGCAAUGCUUGUGAGCAACCAAACAUUACUAGUAAUUUCUAUGGCUGCAAUACCUGCCAAUAUUACCUCCACCAAAACUGCCUCAACGCUCCGCGUUUUCUUGAUCAUUCUUCUCAUCCUUCUCACCACUUGACCCUUCUCCCAACUCCGACUUACUCGAAUCGUUCUUACACUUGCAAGGCUUGUGCCUCUGCUGGAAAUGGUUUUAGUUUUAGCUGUGCACGUUGUGAAUUCGAUGUCCACAUGCACUGUGCUCUUUUGCCCCAAACUGUCUUCCUGUCCCAGCACCAUCAUCAUGAUCUUGUGCUCAUAUUUGAAUCCCCUUUUUAUGAUGAUGCCGAUGAUGAAAGCACCGUUUUUGUUUGUGAUCUCUGUCGCGACAAUGUUGAUCUUAAUAACUGGUUUUAUUAUUGUGCUGAUUGUGAUUUUGGUACACAUCUCGAAUGUGCCAUUUCUAAAUCUGUCAGCGAACAAGAACGUCCGGAACUGUUGGGCAACAAACCAAGAGAAAAUCCAGUAGUAAUCAGGAAAACAGAGGAGGUACCCAUCAAGAACGAAAAAGAAAUCAAUCAAGAAGAAGAGGCAGAGGAAGAAGAAGAAGAUACUCUAUUUGCUUGUGAUAUCUGCAAUAUCAUAAUGGACUCGGACGAAUCUUUGUACUAUUGCGCUGAUUGUGAUUUCGUGUUGCACUUGCAAUGUGCAUCUCCUGAUGCUGAUGUUUCCCCCACAUCACAGCAGCAUCGAAAUCCAAAUUAUCCAAUUCCAAAUCCAAAUCGAACAGUGGAGAUGAUAAAUUAUGUGACGAAUAAAGUUAAAAAAAAAUGA